AACUUCCGUCAAAAUGGUCAAGCUAGGCAAAACUUCGAAGCGAACACCCGUCCGGCUGCGACACAAGAUCGAGAAGGCCUCCGCGGCUAAACAGCGCAAGCAGAGAAAACUUGCGAAGAAGAACCCCGAAUGGCGCUCCAAGAUUAAGAAGGAUCCCGGUAUCCCCAACCUCUUCCCGCACAAGGAAAAGAUGCUUCAAGAGAUCGAGGAGCGAAGACGCAUGAAGGCCGAGGAACAAGCGCGCAUUCGUGAGGAGGCUCGUGCUAGGCGUAUUGCUGCUAAGCAGGGCGGUGAUGCUACUGCGGAGUCGACCAACCCUAUACCGGUGGAUCUUGAGGGCGACGACAUUUUGGAUGAUGAGAUGGACGAGGAUAUGGGAGACGACGCUAACCCAAUGGCUGCGCUGCUUGCCUCGGCUAGGGCUCGGGCGGCGGAGUAUGAGGGUAGUGAGAGCGAUGAAGAUCAGGAUCAGAUGGACGAGGACGACGAGAUGGAAGGCAUGAGCGAGGACGACGAAGUUGCAGAUGAAGAUGGUGUGCCUGCGCUUGUUGCCGCGGGCAAAGAAACUUCAAGGCGAGCAUUCGACAAAGUAUUUAAGAAGGUCGUUGAGGCGGCGGAUGUCAUUCUUUACGUGCUGGAUGCGCGUGACCCUGAAGGCACACGGUCAAAAGAAGUUGAGCGGGAAAUUAUGGCUGCAGACGGUGGACAAAAGCGGCUCAUCCUCAUCCUCAACAAGAUCGAUCUCGUUCCCCCGCCCGUGCUAAAAAACUGGCUCAUUCACCUGCGCCGCUACUUCCCCACCCUCCCACUUAAGGCCUCCAAUGGUGCUGGCAACGCUCACAGCUUUGACCACAAGCAACUCUCCAUCAAAGGCACAUCGGAGACCCUUUUCCGCGCACUGAAGACGUACGCGCAGAACAAGGGUCUUAAGCGCGCCAUCUCCGUCGGCGUCAUCGGCUACCCUAACGUCGGCAAGUCCUCCGUCAUUAACGCCCUUACAGCCCGCAUGAACAAGGGUUCCAGCAACGCCUGUCCGACAGGCGCCGAGGCCGGCGUCACCACCAACCUCCGCGAGGUCAAGCUUGACAGCAAGCUGAAGCUCAUCGAUUCCCCUGGAAUUGUCUUCCCCAACACUAGCGAGAAGAAGGGCAAGAAGAAGCAAGAUGAUCAAGCUCGCCUCAUCCUCCUCAACGCUAUUCCUCCUAAACACAUCGAAGACCCUAUCCCUGCUGUUAACCUCCUCCUCAAGCGCCUUUCCUCCUCGGAAGGCCUCCUUCAAAAACUCCUCCAGGUUUAUGGUAUUCCCACGCUCUACUCGGGUACCUCCACCACGGAUCGGACAAACGACUUCCUUAUCCAGGUUGCCCGCAAGCGCGGACGGUUGGGUAAGCGCGGUGUGCCAAAUCUCGAGGCCGCUGCUAUGACGGUCAUCAAUGACUGGCGCGACGGACGGAUUCAGGGCUGGGCCACGCCUCCAGUCCUGAAAGUCGUCGACACAACAGCGGACGGCGCUACUGGGGAUGCCAACAACUCGGCAGCCGCGCCAGGUGUCGACACGAGACAAGUCGUUUCUGAGUGGGCAGCGGAGUUCAAGAUCGAGGGAUUAUGGGGUGAUGGAAAUGCAGAGGACGAGGCUAUGGAGGAGUGAAGUCUCAUACUUCUCAGUUCUUUUUCUUUCCUGUCGUUCGUUUUUUGUCACGUUGUGUCAUGUCAUGGUCAUGGGAUACCAGACGGCGUUUUAGGGUAAAGCCAAAAUAGAUUCCUGCCUAGUCCUUACUGCGGUCGUCCUGUCUAGUCGAGUCGAAUCAACUAAGCGCGUUUGACGAUAUUA